CACAACCCAGACAUGUCAACUGGAAGUGGUCUUGUUUUUUGAAUCCCCUCAGUGUGUCAGUCAGUGUUGUCUCAUCAAAAGUUAAACUAAGGAGGUUCAAAAAAAAAAAAAAAAUAUGGCGCUUUUAAUCAAAAUUGCCCAAUUAGAGACAAGAAUGUCAGCCAGAGCCUAUGGAUCUUCAGCUCCGGCUGUAAAAAUGUUCAUCGAUGGACAGUUUGUUGAUUCAAAGAGUACGGAGUUUACGGAUGUUCACGAUCCAGCAACAAAUGAAUUAAUUUCCCGAACACCAAAAUGCACAAAGGAAGAAAUGGAAAGUGCGGUUGCAAGUGCAAAAAGUGCCUAUCACAAAUGGAAGAAUACCAGUGUUUUAACGAGGCAAACUUUAAUGCUCAAGUAUCAAGCACUAAUUCGUGAGCAUUCGAAAGAAAUUGCUGCAAAUUUAGUCAGGGAAAAUGGAAAAACAAUGGCUGACGCUGAGGGAGAUGUUUUAAGGGGCCUCCAGGUUGUUGAUGCAUGCACGGCAAUUCCGUCCCUCCUUUUGGGAGAAUCUAUGCAAAAUAUCGCCACAGACAUGGAUACAAUUUCUCAUAAAGUUCCACUGGGCGUGACAGCGUCAAUUUGUCCAUUCAAUUUUCCAGCAAUGAUUCCACUAUGGUCAUUUCCAAUCACAAUUGCCUGUGGGAAUGCUGCAAUUUUAAAACCAUCCGAAAGAGUACCAGGAGCGUCAAUGAUAUUGGCCGAUCUCUUCAAUAAAGCCGGAGCUCCUCCGGGACUUUUAAAUAUCAUUCACGGACAACAUCAGUCCGUUGAUUUUAUUUGUCAACAUCCGGACAUCAAAGCUGUCUCCUUCGUUGGCUCCGAUCAGGCCGGGGAGUACAUCUACAAACAAGCGAGCGCUCACGGAAAACGAGUCCAAUGCAACAUGGGAGCAAAAAAUCACUGCGUAGUGAUGCCGGACGCCAACAAAAACAAAACAAUUUCACAAAUCGCUGGUGCUGCAUUCGGAGCUGCCGGACAACGUUGCAUGGCACUAUCAGUUGCAGUUUUCGUAGGCAAAUCACAAGACUGGAUACCAGAACUCGUCGAGGCUGCAAAAAGACUAAAAGUAAACGCCGGACACAUUCCGGGAGCUGAUCUUGGUCCCGUAAUUUCGCCCCAAUCAAAGAAGAGAAUUUGCGAACUCGUUGAAUCGGGUGUUAAGGACGGCGCUGGUCUUCCACUCGACGGAAGAAAUAUCGUCGUGUCCGGCUUUGAGAAAGGAAAUUUCGUCGGUCCCACCGUUCUCACGAAUGUUAAGACGUCGAUGCGUUGCUACACGGAGGAAAUAUUCGGACCAGUUUUGGUGUGCAUAAACGCGGACACUUUAGACGAGGCAAUUAAUAUCAUUAAUAAUAGUAAAUAUGGAAAUGGAACGGCAAUUUUCACGACUAAUGGAGCCACGGCGAGAUCUUACGUUAAUAGAAUUGAAGCAGGUCAAGUAGGUGUUAAUGUUCCCAUUCCCGUGCCAUUGCCUAUGUUCAGUUUCACUGGAAAUAAAGGUUCUUUCCUUGGUGACAAUCAUUUCUACGGAAAAUACGGAGUUAAUUUCCAUACGCAGACGAAAACUGUCACACAAUUAUGGAGAAGUGGAGAUGCUACUGAUAUUACAUCAUCAACUGCAAUGCCCACAAUGCAAUAGUAAUUUUAAUUAAGAGAAUGUCGAACAGUUUCUUUUUUUCGAAAUACGCUACUUUUAACAGCUCAAAAAAAAACGAACUUAGUAUUACAAUCAUAAGCAUAAUUUAACGUUUUUUGUUCAAAGAAGGCAAUAAUUUUCA